GUGGAAAAUUCUCAUAUUAAAAAUAACCUUACAAUUAUGGCCAAGGAAAAAUCUGAAGGAACAUCUGUGGAAAAUACGAGGAAAAUGUUAGGUUAGGUUUUCAGUUAUGAAAUAAAUUUUAAAACAAAAUGAGAAAACAGGUUUUACAGUCGUUCAAAUCACUUCAUAAAGCAGGAAAAAUAGUAUUCGACGGAGAUUUAGCUGCAUUAGAGAAAAUACGACUGAAAAUAAAUGACGAAUAUAAGAAACACAAAAAUAUAAGUGACGGAAACAAGAUACAAGAGAUGAUUAAAUUUGCCACUGAAGUCGAAAAAGAAUUGAAAAGUUCUGUAAUACAAGCAGUUGAAGUUGCGCCUAGAAAAUACGAAGCCAAAAUACGGACAGAAACUGUUAAAUUAGACAAUGUACCAUUCAAAGAAAUUUGUGAAAUCAAGAAAAAAACUUAAUUCUUCAAAUCUUCAAUAAUAUUUCUUGGUAGUAAGCGAUAACACACAACUUCCUGAUUUAUAUUGUAUAAAGACAUUCUGGAUGAUGAGAUGAAUAAAUGGUUAUAUUUCAUAUGUAGUUAUUGAAAUAAAUAAGCCCAAAUCA